AUGUUCUUUGGGGAUAACGAGGAAGGUGAUUAUCGGACGAGAUUGUCCAGUCUGGGUCAGAAGCAACAAGACGAUCUGGAGCCUGUUGUCAAGUUCAAAGUCGCUCAGGAGAAGGGAAGGAAGCCGGUGCAGUGGAGUGAAGAAGAUGCCAAGAGAGAACUUUGUAAGAUCCUGGUAUAG